AUGAUUCAUUUGCCAUCUAGGUUUUUGUUUUGUUUUGUUUUGUUUCUCUAUCUUGCAAAUUUAUCUACUUCCUUUCUUUUCCAAUGGAAUUUUUCUGCACAUCUAAAGUUUAACUUCCUCCUCCUCCUCCUCCUCUCCUUUUUCUUCUCCUCCUCCUCCUUCUUCUCCUCUUCCUCUCCUCCUUCUCCUCUUCAUUUCAUCUUCUUCUUUCUCCCCUCCUCCUUUUUCUCCUUCUCCUCCUCUUCUUCUUCAUCUUCUACUUCUUUUUCCCCCUCUUCUUCCCCUCUUCUUCUUCAUUUCCUUCUUGUUUCUCCUCCUUCUUUUCUUCAUUUCUGUCUUCUUCUUUCUCCCUUCCUUCUUCUCCUCCCCUUCCUCCUCCUCCUCUUCUUCUUCAUCUCUUUCUUCUUGUUCCUUCUCCUUCUUCUCUUCAUUUCUGUCUUCUUCUUUCUCCCUUCCUCCUUUUUCUCCUCCUCUUUCUCAUCUACUUCUACUUUUCCCUCCUCCCCCUCUUCUUCUUCUCUUCCUUCUCCUUCUCAAUCUCCUCCUUCUUGUUCCUUCUCCAUUUUUGUCUUAUUCUUUCUCCCCAUCCUUCUUCAUCUCUUUCUUCUUUUUCCUCCACCUACACAGGUAUUUAGUAGUUCUUUACCUAUCAAGCCAUAUCCAUUUCUUUCUAUUUUUUUUCAUUUGUUUCCUUCUUUCUCUCUUUUCAUUUCUUUCUUUCUUUUCACUUCUUUCCAUCUUUCUUUACAUUUCAGCCUUCCAUUCAUAUCUAUCUAUCUAUCUAUCUAUCUAUCUAUCUAUCUCAGGUGGCCAUAUCUAUCUAUCUACCUAUCUAUCUAUCUAUCUAUCUAUCUAUCUAUCUAUCUAUCUAUCUAUCUAUCUAUUCUUUCCCAAUCUCUCUCUGUUCAUUAUCUAUCUAUCUAUUAA